GAUCGUGCGGCGUGGAUGUGUCGAUCUGCAGAGAUCCAAGCUUCAUCAAACUAAUUGUGCGACUUCUUCGCGCUCAUCUUUGAAGGACCAUACAGAGGAAAAAAAAACUCAUUCGGAGGCUGUGAAUUUUUAAACUGCGCUUUAUUCGGUGGUUAAUUUAUCUGCAGAAAGUGGGAUUUACGACUCUGAUAUGUGCUCGAACAUCUUCCCUUGUUUAUGUUGCUUCUGUGUCUAACCUAGAGGGAUCUUUACAUCUACAAUCCAGUUGUUCGUUUUACGGAAAAUAUGCCGCAAACGCCACCGUUUCCCAGCACGUUUGGUGGCACUGGUUUUAACAACAAUGUCUACCAGACAAAGGAAGAGAGCUAUGGAGGCCUCUAUUACCAUGACAACAACCUCGUGUCCGGGUCCCUGGAGGCUCUCAUUCAGCACUUGGUCCCUAAUGUGGACUACUACCCUGACAGGACGUACAUCUUCACUUUCCUGCUCAGCUCCCGCCUCUUCCUGCACCCCUAUGAGCUCAUGUCCAAGGUUUGCUACCUGUGUGUGGAGCACCAGAGGCUCAGCGACCCCCAGGCUGACAAGAUCAGACUGCGGAAGAUCGCCCCGAAGGUGGUGCAGCUGCUGACGGAGUGGACGGAGACCUUCCCUUACGACUUCAGGGACGAGCGCAUGAUGCGCAGCCUGAAGGAGCUCACGCACCGAUUGGCCAGCGGGGAUGAGUUUUACCGGAAGGCCGUCCAGCAGAUGAUGCAGGCCCUCAUCCGCAAGCUGACCACGCUCAGCCAGUAUGAGGAGGUGCUGGCCAAGCUGAGCGCCACGGCGACGGACAGGUUGACUGUGCUGAAAACCAAGCCCCAGUCCAUCCAGAGAGACAUCCUGACCAUCUGCAACGACCCUUUCACACUCGCCCAGCAGCUCACCCACAUAGAGCUGGAGAGACUGAGUUACAUCGGCCCUGAGGAGUUUGUCCAAGCCUUUGUUCAGAAGGACCCUCUGGACAAUGAUAAGAGCUGCUUCAGCGAGCGGAAGAAGGCCAGCAGCCUGCAGAUGUACGUGGAGUGGUUCAAUAGGCUCAGCUACCUGGUGGCCUCAGAGAUCUGCAUGCCUGUAAAGAAGAAGCAGAGAGCUCGGGUCAUUGAGUUCUUCGUAGAUGUGGCACGGGAAUGCUUCAACAUCGGCAAUUUCAACUCCAUGAUGGCCAUUAUCUCUGGUAUGAACAUGAGUCCCGUGUCCCGGCUGAAGAAAACCUGGAGCAAAGUCAAAACGGCCAAGUUCGAUAUCCUGGAGCACCAGAUGGAUCCAUCCAGCAAUUUCUACAACUACCGGACAUCACUGCGAGGGGCGACCCAGCGGGCCAUAACGGCACACAGUAGCAGGGAGAAGAUUGUCAUCCCGUUCUUCAGUUUAUUAAUCAAGGACAUUUACUUCCUGAAUGAAGGAUGCUCCAACCGCCUGCCAAAUGGACUUGUUAAUUUUGAAAAAUUCUGGGAGCUGGCCAAGCAGGUGAGCGAGUUCAUGGCGUGGAAGCAGGUGGAGUGUCCCUUUGACAGAGACCGCAAGAUCCUGCAGUACCUCCUGACCGCGCCCAUCUUCAGCGAGGACGCCCUGUACUUGGCCUCCUACGAGAGCGAGGGACCAGAGAACAACAUGGAAAAGGACAGCUGGAAGUCUCUUAGGUCUACUCUGCUAAGUAGAGUGUGAAUACCAAGGUGACACAGUGGACCGCAUGCGAGAGGUGAAACAUGCCCACAGCGAGGGACCGACAAUCCAAACCGUGCCCAAGACGGCCUUAGUGUUCAACCGCAACACAACCGUAAAAGGACUCACGCAUUUGCUGCUCCAUACGGACGUUUCAGGACGCAUUUUUCAUCUCUUUGUAAUCCUUUUUAACAAAAAACUCUGAUCAUGAAGGAGAGCUGUUGAGAAGCUGGCACCACGGCUUUCAGAAGAGAAAGCAGGAGCUCGUUCCGCCAGGUCACGCUGUACAGUAUUAGAGAGCCAUUCCUGCAGAUGGCUCCGUGAUGUUGCGUAAACACAUCCUCUCUCCCUGGACGCAGGGGAUGGGCCGCUGGGUGGCUCACCCCGUCUGAACCCUGUGAAAGCUGCUCUUCAGAGCCAGCUCUAAGUGCUGUGGGGGCAGCACUGUGCGCUAAUAACCUACCUGAAGCAGAAAUCCCUUUCAAUUUAAAACUAAUAUUUUUCAUGUCUUUUUUUUCUUCCCUCAUGUACGUCAAACUUAUUCGAACUUGUAAAUACGAGUACUGUGUUAUUCUAGAUGAAUAUGGUCAAUCACCGUUUCGGGUGAGAUGUGGAAAUGUUAAAUGCACCAAGUACAUACACUAAACCCCAAACGCACAGCACGCCUCCCUCUCUGGCUUUGAGCUAUUACCUUUGAACUUCAAAGGGCUUAAGGUUGUCAUGUCCCCACAUUGUCUGAUGCUUUCCUGGAGGUCAAAUUGUUGUAGUUUAGCACUGAGUGACAGUUAGCCACAACGUGCAGACAUCUGAGCCCCCCCCUCCCAAAAUCCUGGGCAGAAAUUUUACCGAAGUAGUUAUGCCGGAUGAGUUUGUGAGAGCUAGGUGGGCAGUGGCUGUUUACAGAAUGAGUGAGGCUAGUUGGUGUGUGUGAUGUGUGUGGCAUGUGUGUGUAUGUGCGUGUUACGAGGAAGAAAAGUCUGUAGACUGCAGCAGAUUGCCACCCUGGCAGUUACUGCUCAGGUGAUUCUGAGGAUGAGAAAAUGCAUUCAUUCUGUCCAAAAUGUUAUUUAUGUGUUUCCAUUUCCAGCAGUUACGUGUGCUGUCUUGUGUUCUAGAUCUUGUUUGCAGUUAUUUUAUUGUAUGAUUCCUAUUUAAUUUUGUACUAGGUACAUAACAUACUUCAGUAGUAUAUCAGUUAUCGCCCUAACUAAUGUUUUUAUAUAU